AUGUCCGCUGUCUACAAGAUAGAAAAUAAAUUUGUCGCGAAACAACAGGUUCACAGCACAUAUGUCAAAAGAAUUACGAUGUCUUUUAUAUGGUUUAUUGCUGUACUUCUUGACGGAAUUAUCGACGUUGUUACUGUGGUUUUUGUUGGCGAAUAUGCCGAAGUUGUUGCUGUUGCGGUCGGUCCGGCUGAUGGCCGUGUCGAUGUCGUAGAAUUGAUGCUUACGACAGUACGAUGGUCGUUAGGUGUAUAUCACUUACGAGGGAAAAAGAUUGAGCGGGGUACGAAGCGCCCAAAAUUAGUACGAUUUUCAUUGUUAAAUAUUGGUGACUGGUUCACUGUUGCUAUUAUCGUAAAUGGCUGGUCGCCUGUAGCACUUACUGUCAAGACUUUUGAGUCCGUUGAAAACACAGAAAUAUCGGCUGUUAGAGCCCCCUAA